AUGACGCAAGACUUUGCCGCGUAUGAGGCGGACUACCGGCGGCUGCUGGACCCCGCCGAGCCCCUCGACAGCCGCAUCCGCGAGUUGUACCGGCUGAAGCAGUCCAUUUUGAAGACCCCCGCCGGGGUGCACGUGCUCGCGCGGGCCGUCGACACCACCGACUCGGUGCUGCUGCAGCACGAGCUGGCGUACAACCUCGGCCAGAGCGGCCUGGAGGUGGCCUGCCCCGCCCUCGAGCGCAUCAUCCACGCCGCCGACGUGUACGACGCCGUCACGCGGCACGAGGCGAUUGAGUCGCUCGGCGCGAUCGCCGCCUCCUCCAGCAAGCCCAUCCUGGAGCGGUACGUGGACCCCGCCCAUGAGCCCAACCCGGCCGUUCGCGAGUCCUGCGAGUUGGCGCUGGGGCGAAUUCGCACACGCGAGGCACGCGGGGACGCGGCGUUGCAGUUGCCUCCCAACUGCCCGUACGUUUCCGUCGAUCCCGCCCCCGCCUUCUGCGAGGCGAACACCGACGGGCCGGUGCCUUCGACCGUCGAGGAGCUUGAGCGUCUGCUGUGCGACACAACCGGUGCCACCUCCCUCUGGCGCCGCUACCAGGCGAUGUUUUCGCUGCGCAACAUUGGCACGAAGGCGGCGGUGAUGGCCCUCGCCCGGGCGCUCCGCGAGGACACGGCGAGUGCGCUGCUGCGCCACGAGGUUGCCUUCGUCCUCGGCCAGCUGGAGCACCCCGCGAGCCAGACCGCGCUGGUGGCGGCGCUGAAGGACGAGCAGGAGGCGCCGAUGGUGCGGCACGAGGCGGCGGAGGCGUUGGGCGCCAUCGCAGACCCCGCGGCGCUCGACACCCUCGCGCACUACGCCGCGCACCCGGAGCCGAUUGUGCGGGACAGCUGCGUCGUGGCGCUCGAGAUGCACAAGUACUGGUCGCAGUUCAACGCACCGCGCGGCGCGGCGGCUGCCUGA